GCAGAGGCAGCGAUCAGAGCUCCUGUUUUUAUGGGAGCAUGCCCCUUCGCUCCAUUUUGGCGUCAUCAACAAGGUUGAACUUGGGACGCACACGUUGUGAUUACAACAUUUUUGGUAGCCAUCUCUCUGAGGAACCUUUACGGCUUUGCCAUCCACUGGAUCUGGGGACGGCAUCAUGCCCAAGCAGCAUCUGUAAAUCUGCGCCGACCACCUUUUGCGCGUUGGUGCAUCAAGGGUAGCGCCGAAGUUGUGUAGAGUGCAUUGCACCCUUCUCGUGUUACACUGCCCCUCGUCAUUUCGCCCUCCACUUACAUCUUCAGCUUGUAAGUCACUGACAUGUCUUUGUAGUACCUGCUCAUGCCAACGCCAAGGAAAUGUGGUGGCGAUAGCAGUGUUAGGCGCGUGGACUUUGACACCAUCAUUAUGACCCCGUCCCCGGUGCGAACCCCCACCGCUGGGCAUGACCGGAAAUUUCUGAGCCUCCCGGUGCGGACGGCGUUUCUGGUGGGGGUCAUCUUUGGGGUGCUCAUAUGGGAGCUCUGGCAGGCGGCCACAGGAUGGGGGGGAGUAAUGGGCACGGGUCCAGGCACCAUGCGCACCGUCAUCUCGAGCUGGCAAAUAACGGACCGCAGCAUCAAUAGGACGCCACCGGAGGCGUUCCUGUGCGACAUGUCCGACGAAAGGUCGGACGUCUGCCGCAUGAUUGGGGACGUGCGCAUUGAUGUGGUCAACCGGAAGAUCGUGUUGGUGGCAACGCAGCCCUCCACUGUGCGUGGUUCCGUGGUCAUCAAGCCCCACCCCCUGAAGCAGAGCAGCGACUACUACACCGGCCCCGUAACGAUGGCGCGCGACAAAGUGCAAGAGCACAUCCACGCGCUCGCGCGCCAGACCGCGAUGAAUUCCAUGGUCGCGCCCGUAACGCUCACCAGCACUUUCGCGAGCAACGUUACCGCCCUGGAGUGCACGCACCGCCACGCGGCGCCGGCGGUCGUCUUCUCCGUGGGGGGGUACAACGGCAACGGCUACCACACGUUCUGCGACGGGCUCGUCCCCCUAUUUAUAAGCACGCAGCAUUAUAAGGGCGAGGUCGUGUUCGGGGUCCUGGACUAUCUAGGGUGGUGGGAAUUGAAGUACGGGCGGAUCGUGAGCGAGCUCUCGAAGUACCCCGUCCUGCCGAUCGGGCUGACGGAGAACAAGGGCUCGGAGGAAGUGGACGAGAACCGGGAACCGGAGGUGCACUGCUUCAGUGACGUCACGGUGGGGUUGAAGCUGCACCGGCCGAACCUGUGCGUGGACCCGGAGCAGAUGCCGGACGGCGCGGACAACCACGCGUUCGUACAGCUGGCGGCGCGGGCGUACGGGCUGCCGGUGCCGGAACCGAGAGUUCCGGGCCCCGGGGGCAGCCUAGUUCUGGGCAUCCUGCACCGCGAGAAGACGCGGCGGCUGCUGAACGAGGCGGAGGUGAUCGAGGAGGCGUCCAAGAUGGGCUUCGAGCUGCGGCUGCUCUCGGAGAGUCUGCUAGAAAAUUUGGACAACGCAAAGGCCAUGGCGGCGACGCAGGAACUAGACGCGCUGCUCGGUGUGCACGGCGCGGGGCUGAGUCAGAUGACCAUGAUGCGCAAGGGCACCGUGCUGAUACAGUUGGUGCCGAUUGGGGCAGAAUGGGUGAGCGAGAGCGACUUUGGCGAGUGCGCUCGUCAAAACGGCAUGCAUUACAUCGCUUAUAACGUGUCUAAGGAGGAGAGUAGUCUGGUGCGGAAGUACGACGGCAGUCACGCGGCCUUUACCGACCCUACUUCGGUCUGGGCGAAAGGAUGGGAGGAAGGGUCCGAGGUUUUCUUGAAACAAGACAUUAAUCUUGAUAAGAGUAGUAUACGGAGAAUCUUGGAGGAAACAAAACGUUAUUUAACUGGACAGUAGGUGUAGGUCCUAGGUUAUUGUUCUGAGCUGACUUUGGCAGUAAUCUUGGGAUUUGCUAUAAUCAUGAGCAAGCUUACAAGUCAGCCGAUCAUGGAGAUUCUGAACUCAGCAAGGGUACAAGUGUUUUGUUGAGGCUUUGCCAACUUGUCGACGAAGGUGUUUUAAGUGACUCGCACACUGUAUGAUUGCUCAUUCAUACUUUAGUUAUUCAUCGAAAUUGAGGCAUUGUGUCGUGCCUUAGUGUCAAACAG